CUCUUAAAACAUCUGUGUGUUCCCCUUCCCUUCAUAUUCAGUGGUGGGAAUAGAAAUGUAAUAAAUUAUCCUGAUACUCAUUUUGAGUUAUUAAACUAGUUACACCUAUUAAUCAGUUUGGUACAAAUUCUGAUAUAAAUGUAUCUGUUCUCCUUUUUUAUCCUAGUGAAAAUACUGAAUUCAUAGGUAAUAGGUUCCUUAGAAGAAUUAGGUCAGACUGAUAACACUUAGGAGUGUUCUCUGAGUAUACUAGAAAAAAUGAAACAUAUGCUAAGGCGUCUUUGCAUUUCUGUGUACAUUUUAAAAAUUUUGGUUGUUUUAAGAUUUCCACUUCUAGAAAGAACAAGUACAUAAUUUGGGUAGCUGAUGGUCAAAAAUGAUUGCUUAUACCCACAAGAACCUUCUGGCUUGUGGUUGGUCCAAUCCACUGGGUGUUAUUUUUCCCUGUAAAUUUUUAAAUCUGACAAUCUGGGCCUAUUGCCAGUAUACAUACUUAAAAAGUUAGACAAGAUAAGUGGAAAUAUAGUACCCAGUACUAGUCUGACCUGAAUCUAAAGUUGAUUUUUUACAUAGGGCUGCCCCUACCUAUCACUGGGCUGAAGGAAAUUGGUUUGCUAUUAUAGUGCAAAGGAAGGCCAAUGUUUACUAAAAAAAAAAAAAAAAAAAAAAGUUUUCAAAUCUUGAGAAAGAAGUGGUUUUGUGGCCAAAUUAACACAUAUUUUUGAAUACCAAAGUACAUUUCUUUGCCACAUUUCUCAUACUCUUGUUUAUGAAGUUCCUUUCUUUUAAAAGCCAUGGGGACAAACAGGGUACCCCAUCUAUGAUCUGUGGAUGGCUCUUUCACACCCCUGGCCAUUCUAAUUUCAGCUUCUCCAACACUAUGCUGCUUUUACUAAUUUGAAUUACCAAGCAUUCCAUUAGCAUUCAUUGAGGGCUUCCAGUACAGGACUGCUUCACAGCCACAAACUGGUUAUGACUAACAACAGUCCUCUCUAUAAAGUAACUCCUAGUAUUCUCACAUCACAGGCCAGGAGAGCCCAGACAUGGCCCAGACUUAGCCACAUAUCCUCACAGAUAGAAACCCAGUAAGAAAGAUUAGCAUGCAGGGCUAAUGUGCAUUGAGAGGCCCUCUUCUUUCCCACUGCCAGUUAUCACCCUCCUCCCAGUUUCUCUUUGCCUUGUCUUUCAGUUCCAUUUGCUCCAAGCAACAACAACAACAACAAAACAACACACACGCACAUUUAUACAGAGGGAAAGAAGGGGCUUGAAGAGAGGAAAAUAGAGUGAAGCAGUCUUUUUCUUUGGAAAACAUUCAGAAAGUAAAGUCAGUUUCCAUUCUUUGCUCAGCAUUAUCUUCCUGUAUUACUCUAUGCGAAGCUUCCUAUUGAGAUAAUCGUGGAGUACUGCCUAAUGCGAUUCAAGGCAAAGCUCCUUGUUUGGGCUAUCCAGGAUUUCUAGGGGAGUUUAAAUCAUGAAAUAACCAUAGUUAACCUCUGUUUGGUUAAGAGAGUAAGCAAUUACUGCCACAAAAAAAAAGUCCUCCCUUCUGCCUUCCACAAACAAUACAGAGAGGGUUUUGAAGGGAUUUGCACAGUACAUCAACAUCUGUGCUGUACCCAGAGUUGUUAAAAUAAUUGUGAUGACAGGUGUCUAGGUACCACUUUCUUAAUGGUUUUCAAUAUCCAUUGAUUUAUUGUUGUGUUCGUCCCCUUUUACAUCUCAGGCUUUGGGGAGGAACUGAGAAACAGAUUUUGCACUUCUUUUAUUCCGAUGCUGAAAAGAACUAAUAAAAAUAAUCACUUGGCUUUUAAGCAGAGAGCUUCCAUUUACAGUAUGUCACCCUUACCCCCAAAGAGCCCCUUGUUAUCUAACAUAAUGGUUAGAAUACAUUUCCGUCUCUCCCCUUAAUAAUUUCAUGCAUUAACAUCCUCUACACACACGCAUACACAUACACACGCACGCGCGCGUACACGCGCGCGCGCACACACACACAGAGCAAGAGGAAAAAAGAGGCAGCAGAAAUCUCAGCUGUACUUCUAGCCCUUUUAAAAAGUUUGCUCUGUAAAUUGGAAUGAGGUCAGAUUUGGAGCUUCUCAUUGCACGCGGAGAUUAUUAUUGCAUCGGAUUCCAAGCCAAUGGGAAGGCCGGGGGAGGGGCUUGGCACGAGGAAGCGUUAGUUACAGCGGUUGAUUGGCUGCGGCCAAGUCUGUGAAAGGAUAAAGAGGCGCGAGGCGGAAUUGGGGUCUGCUCUAAGCUGCAGCAAGAGAAACUGUGUGUGAGGGAAGAGGCCUGUCUCACUCCCGGGUCUCUAGUUCUUGCACGCUCUUUUUUUUUUUUUUUUUUUAAGAGUCUGCACUGGAGGAACUCUGCCAUUACCAGCUCCCUUCUUGCAGAAGGGAGGGGGAAACAUACAUUUAUUCAUGCCAGUCUGUUGCAUGCAGGCUUUUUGGCUUCCUACCUUGCCACAAAAUAAUUGCACAAACUCCUUAGUGCCGAUUCCGCCCACAGAGAGUCCUGGAGCUAGAGUGGGUUUUUUUGCUUUGCAUGGUAGGAAAGGGACUAAGUAAUAGAGACUAUGUUGCUUUCCUGAGCUACCGGGAGCGCUCGUGAACUGGAAUCAACUGCUUCAGGGGAGGAAAAAAAAAAAAAGAAAGAAAGACUUGCCUGGGAGGCGGCGAGAAACUUGCACUGGAAGAAGCUUCAGCCAGCAGCAAGCAAUCAAGAAACUCCUCUCCACCUUAGUCCGGUCUCCAGACUCAGAGCCGACAGACAGAGCAAACUGCAGCUCGGUGAGACAGUGAGACAGAGAGAGGAGCAAGGGGGAGAGAGAGAGAGAGAGUAAGAGAGAGACUUGACUCUCCAGCCUGGGAACUAUAACUCCUCUACGAGAGGCGGAGCGCUCCUUGCGCGCAUCUUUUGGGGACUUUUCUCUCUUCGCCCACCUCCACCCCGGCCCGGAGUGGAGGGGUCCGGCAGGCCGGCCGGCCGCCUCGCGCCUUCUCCAGCUCGGCGUGCGUUUGGCCCGGGGGAGCCGGGAAGGCCCGGCGAUCGCGCCGCGGACACCGGCGAGGGUGUGAGCGCGCGUGGGCGCCCGCCGAGCCGGGGCCAUGGUGCAGCAAACCAACAACGCCGAGAACACGGAAGCGCUGCUGGCCGGCGAGAGCUCGGACUCGGGCGCCGGCCUGGAGCUGGGCAUCGCCUCGUCCCCUACGCCCGGUUCCACCGCCUCCACGGGCGGUAAGGCGGACGACCCGAGCUGGUGCAAGACGCCGAGCGGCCACAUCAAGCGACCCAUGAACGCCUUCAUGGUGUGGUCGCAGAUCGAACGGCGCAAGAUCAUGGAGCAGUCGCCCGACAUGCACAACGCCGAGAUCUCCAAGCGGCUGGGCAAACGCUGGAAGCUGCUCAAGGACAGCGACAAGAUCCCUUUCAUUCGGGAGGCGGAGCGGCUGCGCCUCAAGCACAUGGCUGACUAUCCCGACUACAAGUACCGGCCCAGGAAGAAGGUGAAGUCCGGCAACGCCAACUCGGGCUCCUCGGCCGCCGCCGCCUCCUCCUCCUCUUCCUCCUCCAGCUCCUCCAAGCCCGGGGAGAAGGGAGACAAGGUCGGUGGCAGCGGCGGGGGCGGCCAUGGGGGCGGCGGCGGCGGGAACGCGGGGGGCGGCGGCGGCGGCGCGAACGGCGGCGCCAACUCCAAAGCGGCGCCCAAGAAGAGCUGCGGUUCCAAAGCGGCGGGCGGCGCGGGCGGCGCGGCCGGGAAACCGCACGCCAAGCUCGUCCUGCCGGGUGGCGGCGGCGGCGGGAAAACCGCGUCCGGAGCCCCGGCCACCGCCACCGCGUCCUUCGCAGCCGACCAGGCUGCGGGCGCCGCCGCCCUACUGCCCCUGGGCGCCGCGACGGCCGCCGAUCACCACUCGCUCUACAAGGUGCGGACUCCUAACUCGACGGCGGCGGCUUCCACCGCGGCCGCGGCCUCCUCGGCGCUCGCCGCCCCGGCCAAGCACCUAGCCGACAAGAAGGUGAAGCGCGUCUACCUGUUCGGCAGCCUGGGCGCCUCGGCGUCCCCCGUGGGCGGCCUGGGCGCGGGAGCAGACCCCAGCGAUCCCCUAGGCCUUUACGAAGAGGGGGGCGCGGGCUGCUCGCCCGACGGCCCGAGCCUGAGCGGCCGCAGCAGCGCCGCCUCCUCACCCGCCGCCGGCCGCUCGCCCGCCGACCACCGUGGCUACGCCAGCCUGCGCGCCGCCUCGCCCGCCCCGUCCAGCGCGCCCUCGCACGCGUCCUCGUCGGCCUCCUCGCACUCGUCCGCCUCGUCGUCCUCGGGGUCCUCCUCGUCCUCCGAUGACGAAUUCGAAGACGACCUACUCGACCUGAAUCCCAGUUCAAACUUUGAGAGCAUGUCCCUGGGCAGUUUCAGCUCGUCGUCGGCGCUGGAUCGGGACCUGGAUUUUAACUUCGAGCCGGGCUCCGGGUCGCACUUCGAGUUCCCGGACUAUUGCACACCCGAGGUGAGCGAGAUGAUCUCGGGAGACUGGCUCGAGUCCAGCAUCUCCAACCUGGUCUUCACCUACUGAAGGGAGCGCGUGCGCGCGCGCGCGCGCGCGCGGGCGGCCGGGUUGGGGAGAAGGAGGGCCGAGGGGCGCACCGGGAGAGGAGGAGAAGGAAAAAAAAAGGAAAAGAUAAAUAAAUAAAAAGAAAGAAAAAAAAGGAAAAACGGAAAAAAUAUAAAGAAAAAAGAAAGGAAAAGAACAACUACGGAGAUGAAAAAGCGAGAGAGAGAAGGGAAAGAGAAAAAAAAGGAAAAGGAAGAGAAAAAAACGUGAGCAGGGCUGGCCGUGGCCGCGUCCCCGCCAUGGAGAAGGGGGCGCCGGGGCGUUUGGCUCCCGCGCUCCCAUCCCCCACCACCACCCCGGCCGGGGACGCGGAGGGUAGACAGGGGCGACCUUUUAUUGUUGUUAUUGGUGUUGUUGUUGAUGGCAAAAGAAAAAAAAAAGCUACUUCGAGUUUCCUCCCCUUUGCUUGAAGAGACUCCCCCCUCCCCUUCCAAAGAGCUUCCGGACUUGUGUGUGCACCCCCCCUCUUCCCCAGCAAGAAAGAAGAUUCUAGAGAGACUGCAGGAGGCUCUCGCCCCUCUCUCCCUUCACCAACUUUGGUGGGAUUUUUUUUUUUUUGAUCGUGUGUUUGAUUUGAUUUCGCUUCUUGGUCGGGACCGGAGCGGGGGAAGCCACCCCACCCCCGCGCCUCUUGUUUUUGCCAGGCCUGCUGGAGGCAGUGGGGGGGGGCGGGGGGGAGGCUGAGCCCCAGGUGCUGCGCUCGGCCGCAGGCAGAUGGGCUGCAGAGACUGAGAGACUGCGCGCCGGCCGAGCCUUGUGUGCUGGUGGUUUGGUUUUGUUUUUUCCCCCUUUUUUUUCUUUUUUCCUUUUUGUGCAUUUGUUUUUUCCUUGCUCCUGCAGCCAGAAGAGGAGAUGUGGAAGGGGAAGGGGUGGAGGCCAGCCCGAGUGCCCGGCGUUGGAAGCCACGACCCCGCUGGGGGCGAGGGGCGGAGGCGGAGGAGAGGACACGGACGGACGGAGGGGGCUCCGGGGCUCCCCGGCGCAGUGCCGGGCGAGGCCUCGGCGUGCGGGGCAGAGGGAGGCGGCGGGGCCCCGGGCCUCUCCGCCCUCGGUCUGGACGGGAGCGCCGAAGGGGGGGUGGGGAGCCUUCCUCAGUGCGAGCCGGAGGCGUGGAAGAGAGGAGACUGAUGUGGGGUGCUGGGGCAGACCGAGGGCGAGUGGUCUUUUGGGGGGAGGGGAAAAAAAGAGGUUGUUUUUUUUUUUUCUUCUUAAUUGGAAUCGUGAUGGUGUUGGAUUAUUUCACUGGUGGGGUUAAUAUAGCAUGUUAUCCUGUCUAUCUUUUAAAAGAUUUCUGUAUAAGACUGUUGAGCAGUUUUUAAAAUAGUGUAGGAUAAUAUAAAAAAGCAGAUAGAUGGCGCUAUGUUUGAUUCCUACAACAGAAUUAUCACCAGCUUUUUUUCAUUCUUAACUCUUUAAAGGAUUCAAACGCAACUCAAAUCUGUGCUGGACUUUUGAAAAAAAAAAAAGGAAACAAUUCAGGACCAAAUUUUUUCUCAGUGUGUAUGUGUUUAUUCCUUAUAGGUGUAAAUGAGAAGACGUGUCUUUUUUUUCUCACCGAUGCUCCAUCCUCGUAUUUUUUUUUCCUUGUAAAUGUAAUCAGAUGCCAUUUUAUAUAUGGACGUAUUUAUACUGGCCAAACAUUUUUUUCCCUCUUAUUUUAUCUAUUUUUUUCCUUUUGCUUCCUUUUUUUUUUUCCUUUUUGGUUUCCUUCUUUCCUUUCUUCCUUUUCUGUUUUCUUUCUUUCCUUUUCCUUCCUCCUUUUCCUUUCUUCCUUUCUUUUUCUUGUAGUUGUUGUUUCCCACGCCAUUUUACGUCUCCUUCACUGAAGGGCUAGAGUUUUAACUUUUAAUUUUUUAUAUUUAAAUGUAGACUUUUGACACUUUUAAAAAACAAAAAAAGACAAGAGAGAUGAAAACGUUUGAUUAUUUUCUCAGUGUAUUUUUGUAAAAAAUAUAUAAAGGGGGUGUUAAUCGGUGUAAAUCGCUGUUUGGAUUUCCUGAUUUUAUAAUAGGGAGGCUGGUUAAUAUCACACAGUUAAAAAAAAUCAGCCCCUAAUUUCUCCAUGUUUACACUUCAAUCUGCAGGCUUCUUAAAGUGACAGUAUCCCUUAACCUGCCACCAGUAUCCACCCUUCAGCCCCAUCUUGUAAAAUGGGGAGGGAGGAGAAUUAGCCAAGCACUGUAUGCUUGCGAGAAAAGAAAUUUUUUAAAUACUGUUUUUGUCCAGAGGCUUUAAAACUGGUGCAUUUACAGCAAAAAGGGAUCCUGUAGCUUUAACUUGUAAACCACAUCUUUUUUGCACUUUUUUUAUAAGCAAAAACGUGCCGUUUAAACCACUGGAUCUAUCUAAAUGCCGAUUUGAGUUCGCGACACUAUGUACUGCGUUUUUCAUUCUUGUAUUUGACUAUUUAAUCCUUUCUACUUGUCGCUAAAUAUAAUUGUUUUAGUCUUAUGGCAUGAUGAUAGCAUAUGUGUUCAGGUUUAUAGCUGUUGUGUUUAAAGAUUGAAAAAAGUGGAAAACAUCUUUGUACAUUUAAGUCUGUAUUAUAUAAUAAGCAAAAAGAUUGUGUGUAUGUAUGUUUAAUAUAACAUGACAGGCACUAGGACGCCUGCCUUUUUAAAGGCAGUUCCGUUAAGGGUUUUUGUUUUUAAACUUUUUUUUGCCAUCCAUCCUGUGCAAUAUGCCGUGUAGAAUAUUUGUCUUAAAAUUCAAGGCCACAAAAAAAAAUGUUUUGGGGGAAAAAAGAAAAAGAAAAAAAUCAUGCCAGCUAAUCAUGUCAAGUUCACUGCCUGUCAGAUUGUUGAUAUAUACCUUCUGUAAAUAACUUUUUUUGAGAAGGAAAUAAAAUCAGCUGGAACUGAACCCUAAA